UCCAAUCACAGAUUAUAUUCAUACAAUCUAAUCUGUGAUAUUAGUAUAGCUUAAUUUACUAUUUGCCGAAGAGAUCUCAAAUUGUGUAGUAAAGUUAUAAACGAGAUGUCUUCUGCAGUGUUAUCGUUAAUGAAAUCAUCUUAUAAAUUUAAGGUAACUGGUUUAUCUAAAAAAAUACAGAAAACUUUUCAGUAUUCAAGUUUUGCUCAUAAACCAGUGCAACAUGAAGUGCAUCGUCUUUUCAAACGUUGUAAUAUAAGGAACACUUCUAUACCUUUGGUUUUAAGCCAACCUUGUUAUUCAACAGCUUCUGCACCAGAAUUAACACCACCUCAAAAACUGAAAAAAGCCGCCAAAGAAUAUGGUUCUGUUUUGAUCGCUUUUCAUGUUGGCAUAUCAUUGGUAUCGUUGGGUACAGUUUAUUUCUUGAUCUCUAAUGGCGUAGACAUGCAACAGUGGAUUGGCCUUUUGGGUAUGUCAAAUGCAGAUGAAAAUUCCAAGAUCGUAGCUGGCGCUAGUGAGUUCAUCAUAGCUUAUGCUAUUCAUAAAUCUCUCGCGCCAGUGCGUAUUUCAAUUACACUUGUGUCUGUUCCGUUAAUUGUACGUUAUUUAAGGGUUAAGGGUAUCAUGAAAGUAAAAAAAUAGUGUUAAUAUUUUGUAUUGAUUUAAUUUAUUUAAAAAAAAAAAGAAAUUGUAAAUACCAAAUUUUUGUUAAUAUAUUUGUGAAAUAAAUAUUUUAUUUUUAUAAUUUA